UACUCAUCAUGGGUUUAUACGUCUUUUAGAAUUUCAAGGGCCUUCAAUGAAAAUUUGGCACCAGAAUUGGGCCAAAUUUAUCAUUAAUCUCUGAUGUUCUCUAAUUUACAAAUGUAUACAUAGACGCUCAAAUAUAGUGUUUAUAUACGUUCACCAAAAACUUAUUAUAAUUGGUGCUGAAGGUUUCAUAAAUGUCUUUUAGCUUGACAAGGCCUAUUAAUUUAUUGCUAGUGAUUAUGGCUGACUAGUAGUGUCUCUCUGUAAAGCACACAAUAAAAUAAGUAUACCAAAUAAUUGGUUAAUUUGAAUUUACAAUCAACAAAACACAUGCAAAUCAAAACAACUAUGUUUAGAAAUAGAAAAUAACUUUCCUCUGUCGCUUCUUUUUGCAAUUGCCGGUACUUGGAUUUGUGCAUGCGCACACACUUUAAUACAUCUGAAUUUUUUCUUGCAUACAAUGUUUUCUGGAUUUGAACGUACGUCAAUUUUUACUAGCAAAUCGACACAACUCUUAAUACAUGAGGCCCCUGGUACGUAUAAGGUGUGUUAAGGAGUGAAGUUACUUUGCAUACCGCUAUCUGCUGUAUGGAGUUGUAACGAAAAGUUACUGCCACAGACAGUCCCGUUAUAAUGUGUUAGUGAGCAAGGGUGAACAGGUAGUGCCAAAUCCAUUUGCAGAGGUUUAAAUAUAUCAGUGGUGGGCUGCAUAAAAUAGAACAAUGUAUGGGAAACACUGGAUGUCCAUUUUUGAACACCCUCGUAUGUAACCAGAUAUUAAAGUUAAGUUAAAGUACCUAUGAUUGUCAAAUUUGUCCUCUGCAUUUGACCCAUCCCCUUGUUCACCCCCUGGGAGGUGAGGGGAGCAGUGGGCAGCAGCAGUGGCCGCGCCCGGGAAUCAUUUUUGGUGAUUUAACCCCCAAUUCCAACCCUUGAUGCUGAGUGCCAAGCAGGAAGGCAACAGGACUCCAUUUCAGACAUACUGAUAAUGUCAUCCAGUGGCUUAAUGCUAUGUCAGAGAAAGGCCUGCCAAAGAUAUUCUACCCUGAGACUACAGACAUAUAUGACAGAAAGAACAUGCCACGCUGUAUCUACUGUAUACAUGCACUAAGCCUAUACCUGUUCAAGCUGGGCCUCGCACCGCAGAUCCAGGAUCUGUACGGCAAAGUGGAUUUUACUGAGGAGGAGAUCAACAACAUGAAGAGUGAACUGGAAAAGUAUGGGAUCCAGAUGCCCGCCUUCAGCAAGAUUGGCGGAAUCCUGGCCAAUGAGCUCUCAGUGGAUGAAGCUGCAUUACACGCUGCUGUGAUUGCCAUCAACGAGGCCGUCGACCAGGGCGUCCCAGAGAGCACCAUGGCUGCCAUGCAAAAUCCCAAUGCCAUGUUGGUCAACCUGGACCGCAACUCCGCCCACCAGUAUCACAACAUAUUAUACCAGGCCAAAGGGCAGAAGGUGGCCAACUCACGCAAACGGCAAAUGGAAAAUGCAGGCGUUGAGAGAGAUAUCUACGAUGAGCUUCUCACUCAGGCCGAAAUCCAAGGAAAUGUUAACAAAGUCAAUGUGCAUAACGCCCUUAGUGCUGCUGAACGGGCUUUGCUGAGUGGGGAUGAAGAUAAGUUGUACGAGGCGCUGAAGGCCCUGGUCAUUCAAAACCUGCAGCCCCAAAACAAAGGCUGGUACUUGAAGCAACUCCAGGGUGACCGGGAAAACAAAGAACUGGCAUCUGCAGGCCAUGCACUGACUAAGGAUGAGCUGCAAGCUGGUGUGGACGUUGCUAAUGAAAUAGCAGAAGGCUCCAUGAAGAUGUUGAAGGCAGUGGAGCGCAUCAAUGCUGCCAUUAAGGGCGGUGUACCAGAGAAAACUGUGCAGGAGCUGAUGAACCCUGAUGCUCAGUUGGCUGAAGUCUACCCCAGUGCUGCUGAUCUUUACCAGAGAGAGCUGGCCAACCUGCAGCUGCAAAGUACAGAGGGCUCUCUAUCCCACCCAGAGCUUCUUGUUGCCGUUGAGAUGUUGUCUUCAGUGGUGCUGAUGAAUGAGGCCAUGGACGUUGGAGACCGAGACACAGUAUGGAAACAACUGUCCAGCUCAAUCACUGGGCUUAGUAAUGUGGAGCCUGAAUAUGCACAAAGGUACAUGGAUGAGUUGAUACGUCUUAAGGCAGCAGCCCGAGAGGAUGGUUGCGAUUAUCUCACCUGGAAUGACAUUCAAGCAUGUGUUGAUCAGGUCAACAUGACUGUGCAAGAGGAACAUGAACGUAUUGCAGCUAUUGGAUUGAUCAAUGAGUCACUGGAUGAAGGGGAUCCCAUGAAGACUUUGGCCAUGUUGCAGAAUCCGUCAGCUAAGCUUACAGCUGUAGACCCAUCUGUGGCUCAGCACUACCAUGACAAACUGCUGGAGGCCCGAAGGGAGAAGGCUCACGAGACACAAGAUCCUUCUGCUGUGCUUUGGCUUGAUGAGAUCCAGGAUGCUAUUCUGAAGGCUAACCAGGACACAAAAGACGCCUUGCUAUUCUCUCAGUCCAUACACGCCAUAAAUGAAGCGGUGGAUAGCGGUGAUGCAGCUCAGAGCCUCCCCGCUCUGCGUAACCCUGGCACAGGACUGUAUGGGGUCACUUCUGAAUGUGCGCAGACGUACCAGAAUGACUUGGCCAAAGUCAAAGAAGAGAAGAAGAAAGACGGUGAUAACGGGAGUGAUUGGGUACAGCACUGGGUGAAGGGUGGACACAACUACUUUUACAACAUGAAUACAAAGGAGGGUACCUGGGAGGAACCAGUGGGCUUCCUACAAAACAACACUCAACUCAACAAGGAAGACAUUCAGUCUGUUGUUUCGGGGGUGACGACAGCUUACAAUCGAGAGCAGCUAUGGUUGGCGAAUGAGAGUCUCAUCACCAAGCUGCAAGCCCGUUGCCGUGGCUACCUGGUGAGGAAAGCCCUAAAAGAGAGGAUGCAUUUCCUAAAAUCUCAAGAGCCAGCUGUUACACGCAUACAGGCUCAUUGGAAAGGCCACAAACAAAGGAAGGAUUUCAAUGAACGGAAGAAGUACCUGGAGGACCAUAGUGACGAUGCUGUAAAGAUCCAAUCAAUGGUUCGGAUGCAUCAAGCGCGUAAAAAAUAUAGGGAUCGUCUAAAGUACUUCAAAGAUCACAUGAAAGAUGUGGUGAAGAUUCAGGCUUUCAUCAGAGCUAACAAGGCCAGGGACGACUACAAGACUCUGAUCAGUGCUGACAAUCCUCCGAUGGCUGUCGUGAGGAAGUUUGUCCACCUGUUGGAUCACAGUGACCAGGACUUUCAGGAAGAGCUGGAUUUGAUGCGACUCCGCGAGGAGGUGGUCACUAACAUCCGCUCCAAUCAGCAACUGGAGAAUGACCUAAACUUGAUGGACAUCAAGAUCGGUCUGCUGGUGAAGAACAAGAUCACCUUGCAGGAGGUAGUGUCCCACAGCAAGAAGCUGACCAAGAAGAACAAGGGUCAGCUGUCCAACAUGAUGAUGAUGAACAAACACAGAGGAGGCCUGAAGGCCCUCAGCAAGGAGAAGAGAGUCAAACUGGAAGCUUACCAGCACCUCUUCUACCUAUUACAGACCAAUCCCACAUAUCUGGCCAAGCUGAUUUUCCAGAUGCCUCAGAAUAAAUCAACCAAAUUUAUGGAUUCUGUAAUCUUCACCCUGUACAAUUACGCCUCAAACCAGAGAGAGGAGUACCUGCUUCUCAAGCUCUUUAAGACAGCCCUGCAGGAAGAGAUCAAGUCAAAAGUUGACCAGAUUAAGGAGGUUGUCACCGGAAACCCUACUGUCAUCAAGAUGGUGGUGAGCUUCCACCGUGGAGCGCGAGGCCAGAAUGCGUUAAGACAGAUCUUGGCGCCGGUUGUCAAGGACAUCAUGGAUGACAAGACGCUGAACAUCAAGACUGACCCAGUGGACAUCUACAAGAGUUGGGUCAACCAGAUGGAAACGCAAACUGGGGAAGCCAGCAAACUACCAUAUGAUGUAACACCUGAGCAGGCAAUGGCUCAUGAAGAAGUCCGGAAUAGACUCGAGGCCUCCAUCAAGAUCAUGAAGGCGGUGACGGACAAGUUCCUUUCUGCUAUAAUCGUCUCAGCAGAUAAAAUACCAUACGGGAUGCGCUUCAUCUCUAAGGUCCUGAAGGACACCCUCCAUGAGAAGUUCCCAGAUGCUACAGAGGAUGAACUGCUUAAGAUCGUGGGGAACCUUCUGUAUUACCGUUACAUGAACCCAGCCAUUGUCGCCCCUGAUGCCUUUGACAUCAUUGAGGUGUCGGCGGGUGGCCAGCUCACCAACGAGCAGCGGCGAAACUUGGGCUCCGUUGCCAAGAUGCUGCAGCACGCUGCUUCGAACAAGAUGUUCCUUGGAGAUAACGCCCACCUGAAUCCCAUCAAUGAAUAUCUCAGCAAUUCUUAUCAGAAGUUUAGGCGCUAUUUUUUGACAGCAUGCGAUGUCCCUUCGCUUGAAGAUAAAUUUAACGUGGAUCAGUACUCUGACCUAGUCAACGUCACCAAACCGGUCAUCUACAUCUCUAUUGGAGAGAUUAUUAACACUCACACACUGCUCCUGGACCAUCAGGAUGCCAUUGCUCCAGAGCACAAUGAUCCCGUCCAUGAGCUGUUGGAGGACCUUGGAGAAGUUCCCACUGUAGAGUCCCUCAUCGGUGAAAAUCCCCUUCCUCCUGAUGACCCAAACAAAGAGCUAAUGGGCAAGACUGAGGUGUCGCUAACACUGACAAACAAGUUUGAUGUCGCUGGUGAGGCCAAUACUGAAGUAGAUGCCAAGACCCUCCUGCUCAACACCAAGAGGCUGAUUGUGGAUGUGAUCCGGUUUCAGCCUGGGGAGACUCUGACUGAGAUAUUGGACACAACAGCUGGUCCGGAGCAGGAAGCGGAGUACCAGCGUGCUAUGCAGCGGAGGGCCAUCCGAGAUGCCAAGACCCCAGAGAAGAUGAAGCAAGUCAAACCAGUGGUGGAUGACAGCCUCACAUUACAAGGGAAGAAGGAGAGGAUUAAGAGCAACCUGCAGCGGUUAUCAGAGCUUGGGAAAGUCAAUCCUGAGAAUCGCUAUCAGGACUUCAUCAAUGACAUAGCCAAGGACAUCAGAAAUCAGAGACGGUAUCGCCAACGCAGGAAAGCUGAGCUGGUAAAACUGCAGCAAACCAACACUGCCCUAAAUUCAAAGAGCAACUUUUUCAAUGUGCAGAUUGAUUCGUAUAAUCAGUAUAUUAAGACGUGCAUGGACAACCUGGCCAGCAAGGGGAAGCUGUCAAAGCCUGGAGUCAACAAGGCCAAAAAGAGUAAACAAGUUUCACAGAAAUACACUGCGUCACGCUUAUAUGAGAAGGGUGUAUUGAUUGAAAUCGAGGAUCUGCAGCCCAACCAGUUCAAGAAUGUCAUUUUCGAGAUCUCUCCAUCCGAGACAGUUGGAGUGUUUGAAGUGAAGGCCAAGUUGAUGGGGGUACACUUGGAGACAUUACAGUUAGAAUACCAGGAUCUCCUCCAGCUGCAGUACGAAGGCGUGGCGGUGAUGAAGCUCUUCGACAGGGCGACCAUCAAUGUAAACCUGCUCAUUUUCUUGCUCAACAAGAAAUUUUAUGGCAAAUAGAGAAAACAUUUUAUAAGAAUGCAACGGACUGAUUUAGCCACAAAUAUAAACCUUUUUAUGCUUGCCGAAAAAAGACCCGACCUGAACCGUUAACGGUUGUCAAAAGUUUUCUCAGUGCACUUCUCCUGUGUGCCUUAGCAAAUAUAUUUGAUAUUACGUGCAUCACCACGGGCUGGUUUUCUCACGGGACACUUACGUUCCCACAAGUGCUCGCGGGAGUAAUGUUCUGUUGCCAGCUGCUUUUAUGUCUUUAAAUAUUAUGAAUAUCAGGUGCACAGGCUUUGAUCACCCAUAAAAAUGUAUGUUUUAUGUCAAGAGAUUGUCUUUUUAUUUGCUGGUUGAUAGUUCACGACCUGACUGAUAAAGCCCUAUCAGCAUCUCUCUGCCGAGGCCAAAGUGCUAGAUAAAUAUAAUAUUAGACUUGACUCUAUCUUUUCUAUUUUUAUGUGUUAUAUUGCUUUUUUAAAUACAUUGGUAAAGUAUGCAUUCGCCAACCAUAUUUUGAAAGACUUUUCAAACUGUUUUUGCUGGGGUUUUUUUAUUGACCAAACCACUGAUGAAUCUGAAUUUAACCACCACACCUUAAACUAAGGAAGGGAUUCAUAUGGUCCCAUUUCUGGGUGGGUUUGGUGUGAGAAGAAGAGGUCUGCUGAAUAUUAUGGAACAAUUGGUUAAAGUUGGAAUUGCCACACAAUGCAUUUUAAGAUGCUUGACACUCUACUACCAACUCGUGGCUGAAGUAGACCCCCCAAACCGCUACGAAUGGGGCAUAUGAAUUCUUAUCCUACUGUAUGUGAAACACAAUAUCAGGCUUAUGCUCACAUUGAGCUGUGUAACUCUCAACAUGAUUUUAAUUUAAUUAAGCGUACAUUCAUCAAGGCCAGUGUGCAUAAAAGCCAAUGAUGAUGAUGACAUGCUCCAUAUGUCCCAUAUGUAAUUGGCUUCCUGUCUAACAUGUUUAGUGAAAAUAUUGCCAAGUAGGACAUCUUCUUGGUCAUUUCACAGAAUCAGCACCAUCUACUUGUUGUCACUCUCAAAAUAAAUGUAUUUUUUGAUAAUACGUACACUGCAGGCCAAAAGUUUGGACACACCUUUUCAUUCAAUGGGUUUUCUUUAUUUUCAUGACUAUUUACAUUGUAGAUUGUCACUGAAGGCAUCAAAACUAUGAAUGAACACAUGUGGAGUUUGUACUUAACAAAAAAAGGUGAAAUAACUGAAAACAUGUUUUAUAUUCUAGUUUCUUCAAAAUAGCCACCCUUUGCUCUGAUUACUGCUUUGCACACUCUUGGCAUUCUCUUGAUGAGCGUCAAACACACCUGUGACGUGAAAACCAUUUUAGGUGACUACCUCUUGAAGCUCAUCAAGAGAAUGCCAAGAGUGUGCGAAAAAGUUAAGUACAUAACUCCACAUGUGUUCAUUAAUAGUUUUGAUGCCUUCAGUGACAAUCUACAAUGUAAAUAGUCAUGAAAAUAAAGAAAACGCAUUGAAAUGUACAUUGAACUACCGGUACUCAAAAUAUGUAUUGGCCCAUCUCAAAAAAAUUUAUUUUCUAAGCUGAAGAUGACCCAUUUGAGCAACAUGAAUGAGUUUUUAGCAUGUAAUUAGCAAAUUAAGUAAAUAUACAGGUUAAAAUAAAAUAAAACUUAUAUCCUGCAAAGGUUUGUUUAUUGCAGCAAUUAAAUAAAUUGCUGCAAUAAUUACAAGGGCAUAGAUAUAAUAAUACAUGACAUAGAGUCAUAACAUGUGACACAAGAUAUUUCAAGCCUUCUUUUGAUUUAAUUUUGAUGGUUGUCUUACAGUUAUGAAAACCUCAAAUUAAUAAUAUCAGAAAAUGGGGUUUUCAAAAUCAUAACAAAUAAUAGCUUGACGUAUCUCACUUUGCAUGUAAUGGGUUUAUAUCAUAUAGUUUCACUUUUGAAGUUGAAUUGCUGACAUGACUGGACUUUAGCACGAUAUUGUAAUUUUUGGAGUUUCACCUGUAUGCUAAUAGCAAGUAAGCACAUUAUAGUGAUUCAACAACAAAAAGUAUAUAUUUUCUGUUAUUAUUUAUCAAUAAAUAAUAACAGGACUGUGCUGGGACUUAUUUGAAGUAUUAUCAAAUAUAAACAAAAAAAAUCACAGUGAAAUUCCUUUUGUACUUACCCUGGCCUGAAAGAUUCACUUCCUGUGGAACAAUUUACUUUCUAUUUUACAGAUAUAUAUUAUAUUAUGGAUUUUUCAAAGGGGGAUAUAAUGUGUUAGGCAAUAUGUAAACAAGGAUUGAAAUUCAUAUAUUUCACGUCAAUGUCUGAUUUUAAGAAGUGGAGACCGGCAAUAAAUGCUAUUUUCCAGUGUUAAUGCUAGCUUAAAUUCAUCUAUUUAAUUGUUUUCAUUAAAUAUGCGAUCAGACCAAAGUGCAGGAAACUUCAUUCAUACAAAAAUGCAUUUUACACUUAGUUUUAUCCUGCAUAUAUGCAUAUUAUUUCUUGCAGCUGCAAAUGCCACUAUACUAUCUAUCCUUUUAGAAGCAAUCAUUGAAGAAAAGCACAAAUGUGGCUUAAAAAUGCCUGUCAUCUUUUUUUGAUUGCUGCUCAGAACUAAAUUGCAAUAUGUUGUGCUUUUGGAAGUCCAUCCAUCCAUUUUGUUCACACUAAUUAGACAUCAAGGUUCAACACUCUUUGUUUAGUUUGCCUUUUAGAUGUGAAUUUGGCUCACAUGUGUCAAAAUAGAAUGUGUUUAUCCCAACAUGUAAAUUGGACACGUUUUCAAAUAAUAAUGAUAAUGUUGACAAAUGUGUGUUUAUUUAUAUUUUAUUUGCUGUCGGUCAUCCUUGUUAGGAAAGUUGUAUACAGACCAUGUAGGUUGAACUGAAGGAUGUUCUUCAGUAUGAACCUGUAGACGUGUCUACACGCCACAAGGUGUCCAAAGUGUCUUUUUAUUGGCUCCGGACAUAUUAAAAAAUAAUUAAUUAUUAUUGACAUGUACAAACCCCGUUUCCA